AUUGUUUUUUCCUAAUCAUGGAUGCUCUUAAGGCUAUUAAAACCCAACCCAAGAUGACGUACGUAUGGAAUAAAAAAAAGAUUUACACGGACGCUAUCAAGAAAUUGAAUAAAGCAGAGGCGAUUUUGAUCGUUCCUAUAAAUUAUGUAGACAUAACGGAAACCCCUUCAAGUUUGGUUUAUAUGUGCACUCAUCAUGGCGGAUUUAUUUUCGACCUAAUCAUGCUUAAAGAAGAACAAAUAGGAAAGGAGUUGGUGGAUAUUGUGAAAUCGAACAAGAUAAAAUUCGUUUUUUCGAAAUUCAUGACGUUUUAUUUUUUGAAUAUCGAUAUGCGACAAAAUAUUCCUAACGUGUAUGAGAUUGAAUUUUUAUCAAAACGCGAAUUUGGUUAUGGCGUUUGUAAAAGCCGAAUUCCUCACAGCACAGAGUUUAAUAUUGAUGAUGUUGAUUGGAGUCUACGCCCAUUUAAAUCCAACGAACAAUUUAAGGCUGGAACUCGAUUAUAUGAAUUGCUUAUGACCAACGACAUAAAGUUAAAACGACGAUAA